ACUCAUUUGGAACUCCCUCCCAAAUUACUUAUUAACUCCUCACCCUAUCUCUAAGGAAGAAGCCAUCUACCGUUUGGAGUAAGCUAUUUUCUGGGAUCUAUGUAUCCUGAGAUCCCAGGGUUGUCAGGGGGCUUUUGCCCUUGGUAGGGUCUCCCAAGGCAAAUCCUGGGUGAGGGCACCAUGAAAGAUAAAAAAAAAAUUUAUCUUUCAUGGGCGGUUCAAUCCGUGGUUCUUGAGGCGGAUUAUUGGGACAUUCUCUAUCAUUAUUUACAUUUAUUUAACAGGAAGUGAAACUUGUGGGAUUUGGAUUUUCCACUUCUUAACAGGCACACAGCAAACACUAACUGCAGGGCCCUGAACCACGUUUUGUUUUUUUCAACAAACAGGAAAAAUCCUAAGUAGCAAAAGGCAUUCUAAUUAAUGGUCCUGAGCUCGUUUCUACCUGCAUAAACGAUUCACAAGUAACAUAAAUUUGGACCAAAAAUUGGCAUGGCAGUGUAGCUGGUUAAGAUCAGACAUAAGGGAGUAGCAAGAAAAGAGUGGGUGGAGAGAUUACUACAUGUUAAAUUGUCCCCUUCAGCCUCAAGUCAGCCAAUAAAACUUAUGACUGGUGCAAUUUGACAACCGGCUGUUCCUGCUUUGCCUCCAGUACAGAACAGUACAGUGCGGGGGGGUCGCUUUACAGACGCUGGGCUCCGGGGUGUUGUUGAUGCUGCUUCGCUCCGCCUCUGGUGGACUGAUUGGCUGAGCUGUCAUGUCGUUCCCCCAGCUCUCUUCCCCACUGGCCAAUGCACACAAAGCCCUCUCUGCACCCUCAACGCAACUGUAUUCAGAGAUACGUGCCUUUGUGCUCUAGUACGACGCGACCCUAAUGGCCUCGUAGCGACUGUGAUAUUCCGUGUUUGUAUGAGAGCAGGGCAGCCCUGUUCGCACACACAGCUCGUCUCCAGAUGCGUCUGGUCCUGGCGGGUAUAGCGGCUGAGAUGCUGAGCGGCGCAGCCAGCAGGGCUAGGCCGAGGUUCGGCACCUUCUUGCUGGCCCCCGCCACCAAAACAGUACCGCCGCUGGCAGGCACGGGGAGCCAGAGAUUUCGGUCAACGUCCUCGAUGCAGGGAUAUUCAGAGAUGGCACGAGAGCGGUCGAAGACUGUCACGUCGUUUUAUAACCAGUCUGCAAUAGAUUCUUCUGCAGAAAAGGCCUCUGUUCGACUGACUUUAGCAACCCUGUUGUAUUCUGGGAAGUCUGCCGAUGGACACCACAUCUUGAGCAGUGCCAAGUACCUCCACAAGGAGCUGCCUGUACGAAUCGCUCAUCGCAUCAAGGGUUUCCGUAGUUUGCCCUUCAUUAUUGGCUGCAACCCCACAAUUCUGCAAGUGCAUGAACUGUAUAUCAGAGCCUAUCACAUGCUCAGUGACUUUCCAGAGAUCAAGGAUCAGGACGUGGAGGCUCGUUUCUGCAAACUAGUGCGGCAGCUGCUGGACGACCACAAGGAUGUGGUCACAAUGCUGGCACAGGGCUUCAGGGAGUGUCGCAGACACAUCCAGGAUGAGAUGGUCAUCCGCAACUUCCUGGAUACAACGCUGUGCUCUCGUUUGGGAAUCCGAAUGCUGGCCACGCACCAUCUCGCCCUUCAUGAAGAUAAUCCUGAUUUUGUUGGGAUCAUAUGCAGACGUCUCUCACCCAAGAAGAUCAUCGAGAAGUGGGUGGAUUUUUCCAGACGUCUCUGUGAGCACCAGUACGGUAACUCGCCCAGGGUGAGGAUCAACGGACACGUAGCAGCUCGCUUCCCGUUCAUCCCUCUGCCUCUGGAUUACAUCCUGCCAGAGCUCCUCAAGAACGCCAUGAGGGCCACCAUGGAGAGCCAUCUGGACACCCCAUACAAUCUCCCCGAUGUGGUUGUCACCAUCGCUAAUAACGACAUAGAUUUUGUCAUCAGGAUCUCGGAUCGCGGCGGCGGCAUCCCUCACAAUAUCAUAGACAAGGUGAUGGACUACCACUUCAGCACAGCUGAGGAGAGUGCACAGGAUCCCCGCAUGAGCAACCUCUUCAACAACAUCACCAACAGUGGGAAUCAGUCUAACCCUAUGCAUGGGUUUGGCUUCGGCCUACCCACGUCUAGGGCCUACGCGGAGUACCUCGGUGGCUCGCUGUCCAUUCAGUCUAUGCAGGGCAUUGGCACUGAUGUUUAUCUGCGUCUGCGCCAUAUUGAUGGCAAAGGAGAGAGCUUCAGGGUGUAACGUUCCCCACGUCAGUAAUCCAUGUAGACGCCAGCCAGGGAAUCAGGCCGUGCAGGAGUGCAGAGGGUUUCCCACAACGAAGGCUGGUGAGGACGAGGACGAAAAGUGUUUUUCAGAAAGCUCCUAAAUUCACUUACCCACUAGCUGUUCUUUAGUUUGUCUUUUUGCCUUAGACUGAUUAUAAGCUAUGUUACCUCUCAAGGUGAUGAUUUCUGUUGUUUUUCCUUCUGUGUUUUUUUUUUUUUUUUUUUUUUUUUUUUUGUACCCUGUGGCAUGUUGUCUUGAAGUUUGAGGGGCGGGGCGGGUAAUGAACUUUGAAUGUGUAGGUUAUCGGGACAAACUGUGCAUGAUAAUUGAUGUUAUUGAUGACGAUGAUUAUGAGAGAGAGAGGAAAGCAAGAAAGAGGAGCUUCAGUUUUAAAGAAGUUCACGAUGAAGUUACCUAUCUCAUAGCCUCAAAGUAGAAAUUUCGAUGAUAAAUGUUUCAAGUGGAACUAUUGAGACACUCCAGCAGCCCUGUCAAAAUCUCCUCAAAGUUAUCAAUGCUGCUCAUGUGUUAAAUUAGCAAAUCCUCCCAGCGUGUCAUUGACUGCAAGGGGAAACAUUGGUGGAAGCAGUAUACAUGCUUCGCUUAAGCAUCCUCAUCUUAAAGCUCAUGUGCUCUCCUCAAAAACCGCUUUCUUCUUCUGCUGUUCAGCUGUGGCUCUUAAAAACAGAAGAAACUGCCAAAAACACCAAAUGCUCAUUAACACAUUUCUGUCUUCUGUUCUGAUGAGCGUCUUUGUCGAGCAGCGUCUUUGCGGAGCUUUUGAACGGGGAAGCCGACCGAGAUGUUCAGCUGCCUUACGCGUGACACUAGUCCUUUAACUGCAUGCUGAGUUCUUUUUUUUUUCUUUGUGGUACUUGCCUUUAUUGGGUCACACAGAUGCACACCAUGUCAGAACGUUUCACUAGUUUUUGCAUAAUGAAUAGGUUUCCUGUUGUAAUGCUUAGCGCAGAUCAUAGCAGGUUUUAACAUUAUUGUUGUGUCUCAACUUUCAAAGUAACAAUAUACCAGAGAAGUAUUGUCUGAUAUACGCUUCUUUUUUUUCUGUGUUAUUUGACUGUUUGCUCACAGUUUUUCUUUAAGAAGGUGUAUAUUGUCUUUUUAAAACAGGGCUUUGCAGAAGGUCACAUUUAAUCUCACUGCAUCAGUAGACAAAGGAGUUUCUCCACCGUUAGCCAAGUUUGCUGGUCUUCUAUUAGGUAUAGAUCACUGCUUGAUUAUGUCAUCAUUGUGAAUGGCCAAACUUGUAAGUAGGAUGCCCUCAAAGCAUCCUACUGCAUCCUAUCCUGUCUCCUUCUAUUCAGGAAUUCCAUCUGUUUGUAGAGUUCAGUGAAGUAUAUACACACUUUAUGUGUGUUUAUAGUCAGUGUGAUUGUCAAUUUGGUGGGUGAAAAAGUAGCACCAGUACCUCACAGGUGGGUUCAAAGCUUCCGGCUUCCUCCCACAGUCUAAAGGCGUACAUGUUAGGGUGAUUGGUGACACAAAAUUGUCUGUCUCUCUGUGUUUGCCCUGCGAUAGGCUGUGGCUCCAGAAAAUGGAUGCAUAGAUAGACCGAUGAAAAACAGAAUGUGUCUGAGAAAAUAAUGAGAUAAUCAAGUUGUGAUCUCAGUAUUUGUACAAGAAAAUCACAGCAGCAUCUGUACGGACACUGUUGGGAGUAGAGAAAAAAAAUCGAGCAGAGUCAGAAGGUGUUGAAAAAGUUGCGAUAUAUGAGUCAACACAAACACUCCUUGCAGUUUGUUGAACAUUCCCCAGUGGGUCCCAGCUCCAACAGAUCAAUCAGAAUGCUACACCUCAUCUGUUUGAUCUGUGGGCUUGUUAUUGCAUUAGCUUUUUUUGUUUCAUUUGAAAGGGCAUUAGAAAUCUUAGGAUGUUAUCUGCAAGAUGUAACAUCUAUAAAUUUUGUAAAUCCGUCAGGUUUUUUUUGUUUUGGUUUGGUUUUUUUAGAUUUGAGUGACUCGGUCUUUAUCAUUAGCCUGAAGUUGUGCGACAUAUUAUUCUACAGUUGAAUGCAUAUUGCUUUUAUAGACUAUGAACUGGUUAGAAACAAAAUGACAAAGAUCUCGAAAAAGUUGAGUAACGGUUUCACCGAAUAUCACAGAAAGCUUCAUUUCUUCUUUCCCUGAGUUUACAUACGAAUGAGUUCAAAUGCCAUUUUAAACUUGUGAGACAUUGUGAACGUAUUCUUUUGCUUUCAGAAUCUAUUUAAUUUGGUAAAGGCUUGUAUUUAUUUUGACAUUUUGUGAAGCGAAAACAGCCCCCUAUGAUUAACCAUUUAAAGGUCAGAGAGGGUAUACUGUCUGUACCUGUAUUCUUGAUGAAGCCUUCUAUAUGAAUUCAUGUUUUUAUUGAUUUGACGGUCUUGAAGUUCUUGUAUGUACUGUAGCGUAUACAUGUUAAGGCGAGGGGGCGUAAACAAUCAUAGCUUCAAAAAAUGCAGGUGAACAUUUGAGGUUUGUGUCUCUUUUUGAAAAUAUUACCGUAAAGAGCAUUGUGAGGAUUCCUCCUAUUAAAAAAAAAAUGGUGAGAGUGGUUUUGCACAUUUUGAAUUUCACUGCCAGGCUGUAGCUUUUCAUAAACAUAAAAUGUGCACUGCAUGCCCCCUGUAGGCCACAAAAGAGAAGGACAGACUGAAAAAUACAGUUCAUGGAGAGAAUAUCAAGUGAUUUUUUUUUUUUUCAAGGAAGAAGAGGACAUGGUAAAUACAAGUAAUUUAAUUGUCUAGAAUUCAGAUUAAUUUUGCAUUUCAAAAUGAGGAUCAGCAAACAGUUCAUUUAGAAAAUGAUCUCCAGUACAAAACCAAAAUAUUCAAGUCAUGUUACUGAGAAAGUGUGCUUUUUUUCUCUGACUGAAAUUAGUUUCUCCCACAUUUUCUGUAGAUAUUAAAUUUCACUUUGUUGGAA